AAUCAGUCGGCCGGGGAGAGGGCUUUUAUUUUGACACUCCGUACCGGAUCUCGGAGUGUUGUUUAUAAGUCGUCCUCCGGUUCGUCUUACCGACUGUCCUCCACACUCCGAAACCGACAAUGAGCGUUGUUCUGCGGGCUGCGUGCGUUUUCCUCCUCGGCCUCCUCUGGGCCUCCCUCUCCCCGUCCUCCUCCUCCCGGGUGUGGAUCCCCCCUCACGACCAGGUGGCCCGGGUCGCCCGCUUCAUCGCCCAUCAGUGCGACUGGGCCUCCAUGGCCACCAUCUCCACCCACAAGCCGGUGGUUGGGCAGCCGUUCUCCAACGUCUUCUCGGUCAGCGACGGUCUGCAUGGCUCCAGCACCGGGGUGCCCUACAUGUACCUGACCCGUAUGGAGAUCUCCGUGCAGGACCUGGAGGCGAACCCUGCGGCGUCUCUGUCCAUGUCUCUGGCUCAGACCGACUACUGCAGGCAGCAGGGCUUCGACCCUCAGAGUCCUCUCUGUGCUCACAUCAUCCUCUCUGGAUCUGUGCUGGAGCUGAAUGGGACAGAGGCGGAGUUUGCUAAGAAAGCGCUCUUCAGUCGACACCCAGAGAUGAUCGACUGGCCGUCUGAUCACAACUGGUUCUUCGCCAAGUUCAACAUUACUCAGGUGUGGGUGUUGGAUUAUUUUGGCGGGGUGAAGACGGUCACCCCGGAGGAAUACUUCCAGGCCGCGCCGAACAGGAAGCACCACUGACGGACGCUGAUGGCGAACAGAUCGGGGAUCGAAACCUGCGACCUGGAAGAAGUCUGACAGGAUCUGAGCAGGUUGUCAGUUUGAAUCUUUCUACAAGACGACGUCUUCAACUUUAAACUACCGGAGCGACGCUGCUCAACGCUUCAGUAUCAGAAUCUGUGACGAGCGGAAGUAACAAAAAAAUCAACUGCGAUCAAUAAAUAUGAUGGAAAAAUUAGAGAGUUGAAAAACUGAGCCGAUCUAAAAAAAAUACCAAAUUUACUCACAGCUGAUCAAUCAAUUGCAAAUCCAAUUGCAGCAACUGAUCAUCAAUUUACAAGCAUUUUAAUCACUGAAAGUAACUUCACACCGCAUGAAAUCAUUUAAAUUCAAUCAAAUUUAGGAAUAAAAAUAGAAAGCAUUUUUAAAAUUCUUUAAAAUGAAUAAUUUGGUAAUUUCAGAACAUUUAAUAUAAUUUGACAGCUGGACUUUCCAAUAAUCAACAGUAUUGAACAUAAAAAAACAAAGUUGACUGUUAAAUUAACAAAAUUUUGAUUAUUUAUUGAUCUGAUCAGUCAGCUGAUUGUUGUUGUGGUUUAAAAUUCAAACUACCAAUAAACCUCAGGUUUUUGUUGUUGAUCAGAGUUAUAAAAUAUAAAAGGUGUGAUUAUAGAUUAGACGUGUGCACAGAUUUAAAACACAUUUAAAAGCCUUUGUGUGAAAUAUUAAGUGUGUGUUUUUGUUAUAAAUAAGAUGUCGGCUGCAGUGCUGCAGUUUGACCGCUGGAGGGAGCCGUUGUGUUUAUAUGCAAACCCUAAAAAAAAACACAGGAGAGGUGAAGUCAAACUGAACUAGACUCAAAAACAUGAUUACAAAUGUUUGAUAUUUUGCUCCGCUGCAGAACAACAGCAGCUUUCAGUGAGAAUCAUUUGUGUUUUUAUUUAAAAACGUCUGCAGACAGAUGUUAAAGUCAAUAAAACACAUUUAAAACAAUUCAAAACUAAAAGAUGAAGUUUAGUUUGUAAGCAUGAAAGUCACCCAGAUUGAAGAUAAAUAGAUUUCCACAUGAUAGAAACAAUAUGACAAA